CGUAACUCUGCUCAAGACAUGGGUUCCUAUGCAAACGUCGCCCAUUCUUUGCCCAUAUCUGUGGUCUGCAAUGAGCUAACUCAUAACUCAUCACAAGUUCCUUGUUGAUCGGCUCUCGUUCAAGAUGCGUGAACCCGUCAGUUCCUUACAUUUCGGCCAAUCACGCAACACCGACGGCUCAAAAGAGUGACGUCUUUUCGGCGUACCAGGCGUCACGGAACGCGUUGCAAGAAGGCUGGAACAAUAGAGCACGCAGAAUGCGCUGCGAGUCUCAUGACUCAACCGACAUAAGCACGCGCUCGAGCUCGCGAUCUUUCAAAAGCGUCGCGCAAUUCAGAGGUUCGCAAGCACGGCGCCACCGCUCGACGGCAUCCUCAGCGUUAGUGGUUCAGGCCAGGGUAUAUAACAUUCCGCUAUGCUUUCUCUUCAUUUGAGCACCAGCUGCCAGAGGGACCAGUGCCGUGAUGUCUGCCAUUCCUGCAGCCCUGCUGUUUCCACUGGUCUUCCUUAGCGCUCUCAGCAGAGCAGUCACCUACAGCGUUCAAGUUGCUCGAACAUCGGACCCUUGCUUGACAAACGAGUUCAAGUGCGCAAGCAGCGGCUACUGCAUUCGGGUGUCGUGUCUCUGCGACGGAAGAAACGACUGCGACGACGGCUCCGACGAAAGAGACUGCGAAGGCGGCCGCAAGUGCUCGGUGACGGAGUUCCAGUGCCAGAACGGCCAGUGCAUCUCGAGCUGGCGGCGGUGCGACGGUAGGCCCGACUGCGACGACCUCUCGGACGAAGGCAAGGCAAUCUGUGGGUCCGAGACUUGUCAUCCAGAUCACUUCGCGUGCAAGAACCGUACCGGCGCUUGUAUUCCCGCCGAAUGGCGGUGCGACCGAGUUCGCGACUGUGCCGACGGCUCCGACGAACAAGACUGCCCGAAUGUGACCUGUUCGGACGAGACGGAGUUCGCUUGCAGAAACGGUCGAUGCGUCCUGCGGGGUUGGAGAUGCGAUGGUGAUAACGACUGCGGCGAUGGAUCGGACGAAGAGAACUGCCCGCUUGACACGCGUUCGUAGUCAAAGUUCGCGUGCAGCAGUGGCGAAUGCAUCCCGAGUCGGCAACGAUGCAACGGCCACCGCGACUGCCAAGAUUGGUCGGACGAAGAUGUGAACACGUGCCCAACAAGGACAUGCCACGUCGAUGAGUUUGCCUGUGGGCUUCCCGCUCACACCUGCGUCCCCGUGAAGUCUCG